AUGGCUGAACAAGACGCUUUCCUUCAUCUCACCCGCCCUCUGGGCCCCGUCGCAGUUGGCGCACAACCCACAACCGCCCCCCUCCGCGUCGUGAUACAACCACAAGCUCUUUUCUCGAUACUAGACCACUGCAUUCGCCGCCCUCCAGACCAGCAGAGAGUCAUUGGCACCUUGCUCGGUACCCGCUCCGACGCAGAUGAAUCCCAGGUCGUCGUCCACUCCUCCUUCGCCGUCAGCCACACCGAGACGACCGACCAGGUGGAGGUGGACAUGGAAUACCAAAAGGCCAUGUUGGCGCUGCAUCUGCGUGCGAACCCCAAGGAGGUCCUGGUGGGGUGGUACGCGACCAGCUCAGAGUUGAACACCUUUUCGGCCUUGAUCCAGAACCACUACAGCAGCCAGGGCGAAGGCACCUUUCCGUACCCGGCGGUCCACAUCACCGUGUCGUGCCAGCCAGGCCAGGACAUCGAGGUCAGAACGUACAUUUCCUCCCCGGUGGGAGUGAGCCCCGAGAGAGCGGCCGACUCCGCGGCGUUCAUCCCGAUUCCCUACAGUGUCAACUACGGCGAGGCCGACCGCGCAGGUCUCGAGGCGAUUGGCUACGCAAAAGACUCGGAGAGCAGGACGACCACGAUCCUCACAGAGAUCGAGAGCCUCGAAAAGUCGCUCGAAGACACACUGGGCAUGCUGGACCGAGUGGGCAAGUACGUGGAAAACGUCAUCGAAGAAGAGACAGAGCCGUCUACCGCGCUGGGCCAGUUCCUCCUCAACACGCUGGCCCUGGCGCCGAAGGUCGACCCCGUCGAUAUCGAAAAGGACUUCAACAACCAUGUCCAAGACGUCUUGACGGUGUCGUACCUAGCCAACAUGAUCCGUACACAAAUGGACUUGUCCAACAGACUGGCAACAUCAGCAUUGACCAUGGGCGGCGGCGAGAGUGCUACCACAGAAAAGGAAGGACGCGGCGAUCGCAGACAGAACCGACAAGGUGGACAGACGAGGCAGAAUAGGACAGAGAGUUUCUCUGUGGCUAAUGCUUGA